AUGGCAGCGGCACGUAUCCAAAGGUGGGCAUUACUUCUAUCUGCGCACAAUUACACCAUCGAGUACAAAAGAGCUGAAAAUCACGCAAAUGCUGAUGGUCUUUCCCGUCUGCUAUUACAAGUGGAACACCGAGAGAAAAAGGAUGCUGUAGAGCUGUUCUACCAAGCAGUCAGCCUGACAGAUAAUAGUGAACUCUCACCUUUCAUCUCCGAACGCGAUGAACUGUCUGUCCAACACGGGUGCUUAAUGUGGGGUAUGAGAGUUGUUGUUCCUCACAAGCUGUGGAAAAGAGUGCUGGAGGAACUGCACACUGGCCACCCAGGAACUGUCCGAAUGAAAGCCAUUGCUCGCAGUUAUGUGUGGGGGCCGGGUAUUGAUGCUGAAAUUGAACUGCAGGUGAAAAUGUGUCAGUCAUGUCAACAAAUACAGAAAUUGCCAUCCCAAGCACCCCUCCACCCAUGGGAGUGGCCAAGCAAACCAGUAGAUUUUGCUGGGCCAUGUGAGGGUCACAUGUACCUAGUCGUGGUUGACGCACAUUCAAAGUGGCCUGAGGUGCAGUUGAUGACAUCAAAGACAGCAGAAAAAACAAUUGAUGUUUUAAGGAACCUUUUCAGUCAUUAUGGUCUUCCUGAAGUCCUUGUGAGCGACAAUGGACCACAAUUUGUCUCUCAGGGGCCUGCAAAUUUUCUGAAGGCCAACCAUGUGAAACAUAUCCGUUCCGUCCCAUAUCACCCGGCAACUAACGGGCAGGCUGAGAGGUUUGUUCAGUCGUUAAAACAAGCACUGAAGGCUUCUAAGGGCUCUUUUACUCUUCAGAAAUGUCUGAACAUAUUCUUGCUGACUUAUCGCAACACACCACAUCCAAUGACAAAAGGGUCCCCUUCCCUGUUGUUUUUGGGAUGCAAGUUGCACCGUCUUGAUACCUUAAAACCCAGUGUGACAGCUGCUGUGUGACUCUCACAGACCUCUCAGGUUCUCCGCCGAGCUGGUCCUUCAAAGCCGAGACAGUUGGGAGUAGGUGAUGUUGUGCUGGCUCGUGAUUACAGGGGGAGAGAGAGAUGGACAUCAGGAGUGGUAACGGCUCAAAGUGGUCCAGUAUCUUAUACUGUGGAUGUAGGCACUUCUGAGGAACGGAGGCAUCACACUGAUCAACUUUUGUCCAUUCCAAACCAAACAGCUGAAACUCAGUUGAAAGAAUUACCUGAUAACAAGAAUGUGUCUGUUCUGGUGCAGACCUCUAUAAAUGCCACUUUGUCUACACCACCAACAAAGAAAAGAGAUAAUAACGUUGACACAUCACAGUCUCAGACAAAGCAUGGCAAACUCAACAUUCCACCAGCGCAGGUCAGGUGUUAUCCAGCCACAGUGAUUAAAAUACCCAACCUGACAUUAUAGGAUUAUGGAAAAUAGUGGAUUGAACUGUAAUUAGUUAUGUUAGUGAGCCUUUUCUGGCAUGGGGCAGAAUAAUCCCCGAACUGGCUCGAGGCAAGAGGCAGUCUACCCUCUACCUCUAGAGUAGAAUAAAUAAUUGCAUAAUGUUUGUGGUUUUGAAAAUGCUUUGGAGUUUGUUCUUUCAUUUAAGAGGGGAGGAGAUGUUAUGUAUGUGAUACUGUCAUUCUCCAUAGUGCCUGCAAGUGGCACCACAACUUUAGUAAUUAUUAGUAGUUGUGUUCCUUAAAAUAAAUCAAGUGAAGAAAAAGAGUACCCCCGGGUGUGGCUGUGUUAUUUAUCGUAGUGCAUUUCAGUUUUCUAGUGAAAACAUAACAGGUUCAGUGUACUGGUGACCUGAAAACCAAUGCAACCUGUUCUAGAAUCGAGAAAAAGAACUGCUCCAGCAGUGUGCAUGUACAUUUGUUAUCUGGCUCGCUGCACACAUGCUGCUCUGCUUGUGUUCAUCUUCAGUUCUUUCUUCACAGCAGUUCAGUCAGUGUACCGUUUGUGUAAAUGAAUUACUCCGGGAUAUAUUUUGACUCCGGGGGUAGUGUCAGCCACAUUAAAAAAGUGAAUAACUUAUGUAAUUUGUGGAUUAAUGCUUACUGGAGACACGAACCGUUUUAAACAAUUCAGUUCAACCGGUUCAACUAAGAAGAACCGGUUAAAUCGAACGAUUCGUUUGCGAACCGGACAUCACUAUAGUACAGAUACACUGAAACAGACAGAAUAACAAUGAAAGAAGUCAAAGUGAAAUAAAAGAGUGCAAUGUUGGGGAAUCCACUGCAAAAGUGUGACAGUAAAAAAUUGUCACUUUCAUCGUUUUCCCAAAGACCCUAACAGGUAAUUAUUCACAAAAGUGUAAAAAUAUUGUAGAUAUGUUUUGAAGUGGGACGUCUUAUGCACCUGCUAACUUUAACUGUUUAGUCUAGUAGUAAUCUUAAAUCCUUUUAGGAACUGCAGGUCCUAGCCAUAGAAACCAUAAUAAUGAUUUAUAUGGAUAUGACAGUAAGUAAUGAGCUUAUGCAACUUUGCGCAUUUACAAUUACUUACUACAUUAUUAUUUACUAUUAUUCCACUAGGUCUGAAAUAUAUAUAUUGUAUGUUUUAUUCCCCUGGAACACACUAAUAUAAUGAUCUAGAUUAGAACAUAAUGCAUUGCUGUGUCUCUGUCAUAAAUAAUUAAACAAUUU